AUGAAGACAUCAAUUAUCCUUGCGGCCCUCGCUGCUACUGCUUUGAGUGCACCGGCACCAGCACCACGCCCACAAGAUGUUGACUUCUCUGGUCUUGACUUCUCGUCGGAUGAUUUAUCUACUGGUCCAGACUUUGGCACAACCAAAGAGUCUAUCCCUUUGUCCAAGCCUGCAACCAGCGACAUCGUUGAAGACAUCAAGGACGACCCGGCCACUCCUAUCAGGAAACUUCGUCGCGAUGUCAAGGCCAUUUUGAAGCGUGUACCUGGAGACUGUGCUCCUCAGCCUAUCAACAAUGGCCCGCAAUUCAUCAACCUCGAACCUGUCCCUUGGCAAGAGGCCGUUGAAGCCGCCUACCCACCUACCAAUCCCUCGACUCUUGGCCCCUAUAAAAAGGUCUUCGACGGCCUAAGAGGUAGCGUCAGCCAAAUUGGCUACCGUGGGCUCACGACCAUCCACGCCUACGAUAUAAAUGCCUGCAAGACUCUCUGCGAUAAGAAGGCUCAGUGUCUUGGUUUCAACUUCUACGUUGAACGAGACCCGUCCCUUGACCCUGGCGAUUUGUGCCCUAAUCCCUCUAUCAUCACAAACUACAAGUGUACCCUUUGGUCUUUCCCCUUCCUUGCCGGUGCGGCCGAUAACAUCGGCCAAACUCGAAGACAAUUCAAAGUCGUCAUUGCAGCAUCUGUUGGAUAUGUCAAGCCGUACGCUGCCAGCAAUCUUGCCAACUUUACGAGCUACGGACAAGAUCUCUAUGGAUCUAUCAAUGCUCCUCUUCUGAAUGGAGAUAACACUUAUUUGGGCGUCAAGAGUUAUCCAAAUGCAGAUGUUAAUGUCGACUACUUUGAACCCGCUGUUUGUGCAGCUGCUUGUGAUGCACAGACUGCAUACAAUUCAAGGCACCAUGCCAGCACUCCCUGUCAAUAUAAAGCCUGCAACUUCUUUGACGCAUAUGUCGUGUUGAAGGACGGCAAGGCGCAAGGGCUGACUUGUACCCUUUACACUUGGACUUGGGCCGACAGUUAUGCGGUGAAUGGUGGGCAAGUUAGAUCUGAUGGUGUUUACAAGGUUGCAAAUUCAUAUACCUAUACGAAUUCGCGACUUCCUGCCCCUCCCUAUAUCGAUACCUGCCCUGUUUGA